UCUGUCGGACGGACAGGUCCAGAUCCCUGCCAUUCUCACGCGGCCUGCCUGGGAGGAGAUGCGAGAAAUGGAGGACCGAGAAUCUGUCUCCAAUCUGAAGAACAGCAGAGUAUUUCUGCAGCGCUACAGCCUGGAGUUCCAGAGAGAGGCGGAGAUGUGUAACAGCAGGUUCUUCCUAAUGGUGAACAGGCUAUCUACGGUUACAGUGUGGCGGAGUGAAGAAGAGGUUGAAGACGUCCCCUGCUGUGCAGCGCUGCCCUCAGUCAGACAGCAGAUUCAAAAAACCUGGAGGUCCCUGCAGGGUGAGAAUUCAAACAGCACUGUGGACACACAGUCAGGGUAUUGUCUGACACAGGUGCUGGGGGAAUGGCAGCAGGAACGGCUCGGCUCUCUGCUGUUGGAUCUGGAAGCGCGUCUGGCCUCAGAGCCCAGCUCCUCCCCUUCCUCCCAGCAGCCCUCCACCUCCCGGGACCCACCCCCUCCUGCCUCAGCCCGCCCCCCCUGGCACACCCGCUGGGACAUGGACAGGCUCCGGGACAGGGGGCAGGCACCCUUCUCUGUCCCAGUGUCACACCUGUACAUCCCAGCUGAGCAGAGCAGGCGGCUGCAGACAUGCACAGAGGGAAGAGAGACGGAGCCCCCAGAGACCCAGGUUUCCGCCAGCCCAGCGGAGCACCAGGAGAGGUCUCUCCAAGACUCUGGCACAGAAGGAGGUUCUCUCCUGGGCUCAGGGCAGCAGGAGGGGGUGCCAGCGAACCCCUGGGACAUACUGGCAUCGUCAGUGGGCAACCUCAGCACAUCAUCAUCAGAAAUGCACCUGUCAGAGUCUGUCUCCCCGGAUCUCUUGCCCUCGGACCGGGACCCUGCGGCUGACCCGCCUGUAGGUGUCCCCGUGGCGAGCAGCAGACAGGUGGCUCCCUUGCAGCGGCCCUGCAGCCGCGAGCUCUUCCCGAGCUCGGACCGUACCAGCGAGAGCGAGGCAGGGACCGCGCCGCAACUGGAGGGCCCCGCGCUCAAUCUCCGCCCACAUCUCAGGGUCUCACAGUCCUCCACACAUUCCUCCACCCCCUCCCUCCUGAGAGAGAUCUUCUCAGGAUCUGACUGCCGAACCCUUCCCCCGUACCAGAAACCCCACGCUGCUGACCCCCCCGGCUCCUGCUCCACCCUGCACCCUGCGCCCCUCCCCCACGCCGCUCUGACACACCCCUCCGGAGAGGACACGCCCACAGCCCACAGCUGCGGCGGGGAGGGGGAGGGGGAGGAGGAGGACAUCCUCAUCAGGAGGCAGGGCAGGUCCAGGAAGAGGCAGCGGACUCCGCUCUCAGAGGCUGAGGAGGUCUCCAUGGAGAUCGGUGUGGAUGAGGAGGGUGAAGGUGGCUGUUCCAGCAGCGUCGGGAAGAGGAAGCCGUCCCGGGGUGGCAGCCCCCCCUCCUGGCUGUUCCAGACCCAGCGGUCAGCGGCCGAGCACGGGCCACCCCCUCCCACACGCGUCCGCAGCUACACACAGACCCAUCCAGAUGGCACUCCGUUCACUUACAGCUACCAGCCAACACCCUCCGUCGCCAAGGCGAUGAGCCUCGUCAAGAUUCCCGAUGACCUUCUGCAGUGGUCAGCUCGGUACCUCAUCAACACCAAACAAUCAGAGAACGCCAGCUGACCACCUGGGAGGAGUGUGCGGAAGAUGGCUCCUAAUGUGCCGUCAGAUAGCCCAAGAGGGGGCGCUGUGUCUCUAAACAGGCAGCUGGAGGUGAUUGCACUGACAACUGACCUGCUGCUGUUUAUUCUUCCUGUUUGGAAGCACCCAGUGCUGGUCUGUCAGAAUGCUCAGUGCUUAUGACCCUUUGACCUCUGCACUACAGAGAGGAGGGAUUAAAGUUACCUCAGAUCUCAACCAGUACACGACAAAAAGGGUAGCUGAAAAUCUCUACCACCACUCUGUUUCUCAGUUUCUGGAAGUUGUAGUUUUCAACAGGGCUUGUGCGGUGUUGGUGGUGCUACUGCUGGGGGUUUGUGGGAGUUGAAGUUUUCCUCAGGGAGCGUUAAUGGCUCUGAAUAACGGGGGUUGUGGGCAUUCAUGUUUUCCUUUUCAUUUCUCAGCCCCCCCACUCAACGCCGCCACCCCUCCUGAGUUUCCUGUCAGUGAUUAUAUUCACAAAGCAAUAAA